AUGCGUCUACCUUGGUGGGGUGAAGGGCCUGCAGUUUGGUCUGAGUUCUGUGGUGCUUCAACUGCCAUUCCGUAUGUUAGGUAUCCUCAUCGUUCAAUGUGCAUACAGAAUGUUCUGGACCCCAUGGAGCUCUUUGUACUUUUAUGCAAUGAUGUCAGUGAUGUCUAUGUAUUCAAACCCAUGAGCAGCAAAGGGGGAAAUAGCAAGAUGAGGAUGCCUACGAAAAGUUGGAUAUAUAUCACGAUCGUAUUCUUAGUGACCAAAAACGAUUUCUUGCAAAAUAUAUUGCGUAUCCUUCAAGAAAAUCGCGCCCUCAACCAGGAGAAAGUCGAUCGACCUUGGAUUGAUAUGUUUGGGAAAAACUACAUGGAAAUUCUGAAGCACGUGUCUGAUGAGCGGAGUGCAUUAGAGCAACUUAGAACCUUUGAUCAAGAAGAUGUUAUGAGAGAACAAGAAGAAGAACUCACGAACAUCAUAAAAAUCAAAUUUUUUGCAGAAGAGCUGGAUGUUUUUGAGUGGGAUGAACGUCGCCUUGUCCAAAAAAGGUGGUUGUGGUCAGCUCACCAUUGA